CUUGGAUUCGCCCGUUUAGUCUUACGACAGACGCACGCCUGAACGGUACUGUGUUUUCCUCUUGGCAACCUGGUUUGCUGCGAUUUGCUAACAGUCUCUAGCUUGACACACCUCACAACACCAGCAGUGCCUUCGAUUCUGUGUUGUUUUGGUGCCUUUGGGAAUUGGCAGUGUUAGUGUGCGGUGGUAGCUUUGUGGUUUUUUAGAGCGUCUUGUGUGCUGUGUGCUCCUGCCCGAAGACUUCACAAUCCCUUCACAAAGAUCGCUCCAGCAAGUGAGAUAGAGCUGUGAUUUUGGUUGCAAUUUUUGGUGCAGUGAACCCCAGACCAAAAACAGGUUUACAAACAGGCCUGUUUGUACCGAUCAUCCAAGUGACAGAAAGUGAAAAGCAUCUGCGGCAGAGAGCCAACCAACCCCGGUGUGGUGUGACCCCGAAUUUCAAAUAAACCAGCAACAGCAACAACAUGGCCAACAAAUUUGUGUCAGUGCUGAUGGUUUCAUCUUUCCUGCUGGCGGUUAGCUUCGAAGCAGUGAGUGCGCUGAAAUGCUGGCGAUGCUCGUCGGACGCCUCAACGGCCGCGUUCUGUGACGAUCCGUUCACCCAGGACAUCAUUACCGAGCAGCAGAGACGCUGGAGCUACGUCGACUGCAGCUAUCCGCCCCAGGUCAACUACCAAUUCAACCAGGCGAACCAACAAACCCGGCCGGUCUGCAAGAAAAUGAAGCAAAUCAUUAACGAUCGUGUCGUGGUGUCGCGCUCCUGCGCUUACGAGGACGUCAACACGCCACCUAACUCGUGCCUGAACGCCCAGACGCCCUCCUACAUCAAGACCGAGUUCUGCGAGACCUGCAUCACCGACGGAUGCAACGGGGCCGCCCAGUACGGACCGGCCGCCCUGAUGAUCCUGAUCAGUGCGUUCGUGGCGAAGCUGCUCGCCUGGUAAUCACGGAACGGGACGGGAUCGUCGUCGUCGUUCUUUUCCAUCCAUCCCUACCCCUCCACCCCACCGAAAUGGUGCUGGCAGAGAGAAAGAGAAAGAGAGGGAAAGGCAGUGGAGCAGUGGCAGAGAGUUACCUUACAGGGUUUCCCACGAUUUAUUGGUCAGUUCCCAUGAUUUUUUGGUGCGUUCCCACGAUUUUUUGGUCGUAUCCCAUAGAUUUUUGGU